AUGGGCAGCUUUGCUCAGUGUAGCUGGCCAGUAUGGCAGGUCGAUGAUCUCACGCCGUGCUUCCAGCAGGACUACCUCCAAAUCCUCUUCCCUCUAAUUAUUGUAGGAUUUUCAUUCCUUCAUCUGACCCUGCAGACUCUGCGAAGUAUCUCCAAGAACCGCAAGCAUGGCUAUGAGCAGGUCUCGGAAGACAUUCACCACGGCCACACCGAUAUCCCCCCCGAAGAGACCGCUGAGGACGAAGACGACGAUGACGAGGCACUGACCAUGAACGGCGGUGGCCGCUUGGCUCUGGUUAAGACCACCACCAAAGGCUCCAUCGUCCAAGCCGACAGCCCACCUGGCCAGAACCUCUCCAUUGUCGUGGAGGAGCUAGCAAUUGCUGGUCUGAUUGCCCUUCACGUUACCGGUCUUAUCACAUCUACUAUUCCCGGUAGCCACGGUCUUAUAGUUACUAUUGUCGGCCUCGUCAACUGGGUUUACGUUGCCAUACUCGUCACUCUGCGUCUCUUCCUAGGAAACACAAAGUGGCGCGUGCCGCGCAUCUGGAACCAUACUGCCACCAUCUACUUCUUCCAGUGGCUGUUCACCGUUGGCGUCUUCCGCUCCGUUUUUGUCCACCCGCCUAGUAAACUCGCCCAAAUUCUAGUCAUCGUGGAGUUCGCGUUGACCACGCUGCUGUUCGGUCUGGCCAUGACCACAAGGAAAGGCAAUAAGACGGUGAUUUUGGAAUGGGAAGAUGGAAUCGAGCCCUCGCGUGAGCCUUUGGCUUCUCUCUUCUCCUUGGCCACCUUCUCGUGGUUCGACCCUAUGAUUCUCCGCGGCUACAAGGAGACCCUGGAGAUGAAGAGUGUUUGGAACCUCAUCCCCAAGGAGAAGGCUGCCGCUGUCUUGGCUGACUACCGGACCCUCAAGAGAACCGGUUCUCUCUCCUGGCAUUUGGUCAAGUACUUCAAGGGCGAGUUGUUGACCCAGUUCGCUCUGGCCGCCCUGGCUGGUGUCUUCACCUUUGCCCCAACGAUGCUGCUCAAGGCCAUCCUUGAGUAUGUUGAGCACCCUGAUGGAGCUCCUAUUAACGUCCUUUGGCUGUACGUCAUCCUACUUCCUGUUCUAGAUAUCGUCCGGUCUUUUGCCGAUGGCAUGGCUUUGUGGAUUGGUCGCAAGAUUUGCAUUCGCAUUCGCGCCAUCAUAAUUGGCGAGAUUUACGCCAAGGCCCUUCGCCGCAAGGCCGCCUCAGGAAAAGACAAGGAGCUUGGUAUGAAGAAGAGCGCAGAUGCUGGAAAGAAGGGCUUCUUCGCCAAGAUUAAGCAAAAACUGGGGUUCAAGAACGCCGACGCGGAUGGCGAAUCCGCCAGCGGUGCCGCAAAGGACAGCGACAAGAAGGACGACGAGCAGGCCAACCUGGGCACCAUCAUCAACCUCAUGUCCGUGGACAGCUUCAAGAUCGCCGAAGUCACAGCUUACCUGCACUUCAUCUGCGCGUCCGCUCCCUCCCAACUGGUUGUCGCAAUUGCUCUGCUCUGGCAAGUCAUGGGUCUAAGUGCUAUUCCCGGCCUUAUUGUUAUGGCUUUCCUCCUACCCAUUAACUAUAGCUUUGCCCGUGGCUUCGCCAACACGUCGAAGAAGAUCCUGGGAGCUACUGACAAGCGAAUCAAUGUGACCAACGAGGUCUUGCAAAACAUCCGCAUCAUCAAGUAUUUCGCUUGGGAAGCAAAGUUCGGCCGCAUUGUCGAUGAGAAGCGCGCCGCAGAACUCAAGGCUCUCCGGUCCCGUUACAUCAUCUGGUCGUUUGCCGUUGCCGUGUGGAACUCGGUUCCCGUUCUGAUCACCUUCUUCUCGUUCCUAAUGUACACCCUCAUUGAGAAGAAGCCUCUCUAUCCCUCGGUUGCCUUCACUGCUAUUUCACUUUUCAUGCUGCUCCGGGUCCCUCUCGACCAGAUGGGAGACAUGUUCGCCCACGUACAAGAAACCAAGGUUUCCCUCGAUCGUGUCGAAGAGUUCCUCACCGAGGAGGAGACGGAGAAAUACGAACAGCUUGGCGAGGACAACAUCGAUGAGAACGGCAACAAGGUCAUCGGCUUCCGGAAGGCAAACUUCAUCUGGGGUGGCAAGGAUGUUGUCGCAGAGGACGGGAGCUUGGCUUUCCGCCUCAUGGACAUGGACAUCGACUUCAAAAUUGGAAAGCUCAACAUCAUUGCUGGUCCGACAGGCUCCGGAAAGACGUCGAUGCUUAUGGCUCUCCUUGGUGAGAUGACACUGGUGGAUGGAAAGGUUUACUGCCCCGGUGGCCGAAGCCGUGAGGAUGUGCGACCUAAUCCCGAAACGGGUCUGGCCGAUACCGUCGCCUACGUCGCUCAAGCCGCUUGGCUUGUGAACGCCAACAUCAAGGAGAACAUCCUCUUCGCCGCUCCCUAUGACGAGAAGAGAUACAAAGACGUGAUUGUUGCGUGUGCCUUGGAGCGUGACCUGGAGAUCCUUGACAACGGAGAUGAGACUCUGGUAGGUGAGAAGGGUAUUACGCUGUCUGGUGGUCAGAAGCAGCGUAUCUCACUUGCCCGUGCAAUCUAUUCCAACUCCCAACACAUCUUCCUGGACGACUGCCUCAGCGCUGUCGAUUCUCACACAGCCCAAUGGAUCUUCAACAAUGCCAUCAAGGGUCCCCUGAUGGCUGGCCGAACUUGCAUUCUCGUCACGCACAACCUCUCGCUCUGCGCACCCUCUUCUCACUACAUCGUCACGCUUGAGAACGGCAGAAUUGGUGCGCAAGGUCCUUCUGCUGAGCUCAUUGCUUCUGGCAAGCUUGGCGAAGAAAUUCAGAAGGCCGCUGUCAACUCUGCUUCCGUGUCCAGAAUACCAUCUCGCGUCCCGUCCAGCGUUGGUGAGGAUGGCUCGGAAACCGUUGUCAACCCUGGUGACGAGAACACAACCGAUGCCCGAUCCAAGAAGCAUGACAAGAAAAAGAAGGAGCAGAAGGAUGCUAUGGAGGAAUCCAAGGCGGAAGGUUCCGUCAAGUGGCCUGUCAUCCAGCUGUACCUGUCAUCCAUGGGCCCCUGGUGGUUCUGGAUCGUUGCUCUGGGCGUUUUCGGUCUUCAGCAGCUCUCCGGUGUCGCAACCAGCUACUGGGUUAGAGAGUGGGCCAAGCAGUAUCUCGACGUUGAGGAGCAACAGAUCACUUUCUCAACCUCAUCCCACAGCUAUAGCUCUCAGUCGCUGACCCCGACCUACUUCGCCUCGAUUGCCAACUACGGAAACCGAAUCGGCUCGUCAUUCUCUGCCGCUGCCAACUCAGACGUUGACGUCACGUACUAUCUCACCGGCCUCGCAAUCAUUGGUGUUGCAGGCUCGGCUGCUGCCUUCAUUAGGGACAUUUGGGUGUUUUACGGUUCCCUGACCGCCUCCAAGAAGAUUCACAACGACCUGAUCUCCCGCGUUUCACGGGCCAAGUUCAAGUUCUUCGAUGUUACCCCUCUCGGUCAGCUGAUGAACCGUUUCAGCAAGGACCUUGAGGCAGUGGACCAAGAGGUUGCCCCAAUCGCCAUCGGUGUCUUUGGCUGUGCGCUGGGAAUUAUUGUCACCGUCGUCCUAAUCACGGCUAUUACACCUGGCUUCCUUGUCGCAGGCGUAUUCAUUACCGCUGCCUACUGGUUCGUCGGGUCGUUCUACCUCCGAGCUUCCCGAGACCUCAAGCGCCUAGAAUCCGUCCAGAGGAGCCCGCUUUUCCAACAGUUUGGCGAGACCUUGUCAGGAAUGACGACCAUUCGCGCCUAUGGUGAUGAGCGUCGAUUCAUCCGUGAAAACUUGACCAAGAUUAAUGUGCAGGCUCGUCCUUUCAUCUACCUGUGGGCUGCGAACCGUUGGCUUGCAUUCCGAACUGAUUUGCUCGGUGACAUGGUUUCCUUCUUUGCUGGCGUCUUCAUCAUUGUCAGCCUCGGCACGAUCGAACCUGGUCUUGCCGGUAUCUCCCUGAGUUACGCUAUUGGUUUCACUGACAACGUUCUGUGGCUCAUUCGUCUCUAUGCCAUUAACGAGCAGAACAUGAACUCUGUGGAGCGUAUCAAGGAGUAUUUGGAUGUCGAACAGGAAGCCGAGCCUAUCGUUGAGAAGAAUCGCCCUCCUCAGAACUGGCCCAGCCAGGGCUCUGUGGAGUUCAUCAACUACUCCACUCGUUACCGCCAGGACCUGGAGCCCGUUCUGCGAAACCUCAGCUUCAAGAUCAACCCGAAGGAGAAGGUUGGUAUUGUUGGACGGACGGGAGCGGGCAAGAGUUCAUUGGCGUUGGCUAUUUUCCGAGCUUUGGAGGCGGACGAGGGCAAGAUCCUGAUUGACGACAUUGACAUUGGCUUGAUUGGACUUCGGGAUUUGAGAGAGGCUAUCACUAUCGUACCCCAGGAUCCCACGCUCUUCAUGGGCACUAUCCGCUCCAAUUUGGACCCCUUCGAUAUGUACACGGAUGAGCAGAUCUUUGAGGCACUCCGCAAGGUUCAGCUUAUCGGGCCAGACGAGUCGACAACUAGACCGGCGACCCCAUCCGCCUCAUCGAUGCUACCAGCCACGCCUAACCUCGCACUUAUCCAGGGCGAGGCCAACUCGAGCCCUGCCUCCUCGAUCGCGCCGACCAACAGAAACGUCUUCCUCAACCUCUCUUCGACCGUCUCGGAGUCUGGCUCCAACUUGUCGCAGGGCCAGCGUCAGCUGCUCUGCCUUGCACGAGCACUUCUGAAGCGUCCGAACGUGCUGGUCAUGGACGAGGCAACGGCAUCCAUCGACUACGCCACCGACACCAAAAUCCAAGAGACUAUCCGCGAGCUUACGAGCACCAUCAUCACCAUUGCUCACCGUCUGCAGACGAUUGUGGACUACGACAAGGUGCUCGUUUUGGAUAAGGGCUCUCUCAUCGAGUACGGCCACCCGUACGAGCUGAUUCGCAAGGAAAACGGCAGCUUCCGGAGCAUGUGCGAUAUGAGUGGAGAGUACACUGCCCUGCUCAAGGCUGCCAAGAAGAAGUGGGACUCUGGAAGGCUAGUCGAUAUUGACGACGAGGAGGAGGUCAGCAAGGACGACAGCCAGGCCAGAGCUGUCGAAGACGAAGCUCAGAAGGCUACGGAAGCGGCGAAGCGCAAGGCCGAUGAGGAAGCUAAGCAAAAGGCUGACGCAGAGGCCAAGAAGGCCGAGGCCGAGGCCGAAGCUAGGAAGAGAGCAGAGGAGGAUGCCAAGAAGGCAAAGCAGGUGGAGGAGGAGGCUAAGCAAAAGGCCGAGGAGGCAAAGAGGAAGGCUGAAGAGGAGGCCAAGAAGAAGGCGACGGAGGAAGAAGCGAAGAAGAAGGACGAUGAGGAAGCGAAAAGAAAAGCAGAGGAGAAGGCAAAGGCCGACGAAGAGGCCAAGAAGGCGGGCGGAGGUUAG